AUGGCCGAGCUUUGUCUCGCCGGAAAGGCGCAGCAGCGCAAGCACGCCGCCGCUCCGUCGCCUCCGCCUCUCCUCCAUGGCAGAUCCGCCGCCGCCGUUCAACGCCACGGCCACCGCUUGGGUCGACGGGAGCCGCUGGAGCUGCUGCUGCUUCGCCGGGAGUCGACGGAUCUGGCCUUCAGCCGUUCGUCUCGCUCGGAGCUCCCGCCGCCGUUGGCUUGCACGGAGUCGCCGCCGACUGCAGCUGCUUCGCCGAGAGUCGACGGAUCUGGAGUUGCUGCAGGCUCGUCCGGUGGUCAGUGGCUCGCUGGAGGAGCGCCGCCGCCGGCCGCUGCUGUUGGCAGCAAGAGCCCGGCAGCCGCCUCUCCCGGAGCCGCCGUCGCCAUCGGAGACAACCGCGGCUCCGUCGCCGUCCGUCAACCGCCGGCGACGACGAGCCACCGAGGCUGCCCUCCCCCUGACCUCGACUCACACACGCAAACAGCCAACACAAAGGGUUUUUGUGCGAGAAUCAUAUACUGUAAUUGCUCAAAUAAAAGUUUUAACUCUUUCCUUGUAACUUCAGUUCACAAGUACAUAUUUAGUAACUGUAAAUCUAUGAAUUUGCUACUCAUUUUCUUCAUUUAUCAAAGCAUAUGUAAAUCUGAGUUAAUGAGCAUGUGUUGGUAUUCUGGAAUUGAUGUAUACAAUUGAAGGAUAAUAUAUAAAUUAGAAAUAUAAA